AUGGAAGGAGAACAAAGUCCUAAUGCUUCAAGCCCUACUAGGCAGUCAACUUCAAUUUCUUUGGAUACUGCUUCUUAUCGUGAUCCAUUUUUUGUCCAUCCAUCGGACAACUCCAAUGUUGUUCUUUGUAACCCUCCAUUAAACGGUGAUAACUUUGCAUCGUGGAAGAUAGGAAUGAUGAGAUCUUUGCGUGUGAAGAACAAGAUUGGUUUUAUUGAUGGAUCUAUUUCCAAACCAACUGAUCCGGCCAAACUUGCAGAGUGGAUGCGGGCAGAUGGUCUUGUCAUCGGUUGGAUUCAUGCUGUUAUUCUUCCUAGCAUUAAAGAUAAUGCUUCUUAUGCUCCUACUGCUUAUCUUCUCUGGAAAGAUCUCGAGAACAGGCAUGUUGAGUCUUGUGCUCCAAAGCUAUAUCAAUUGAAACAACAACUUGCCUCUAUUAAGCAGGAUGGUUCAUCUGUGAUGGUUUUUUAUGGUCAUCUUCGUGCUAUUUGGGAUGAAAUGGAUGCUAUAAGACCUGUAAGUACUUGUAUUUGUGCUAAUGCCAAGGAUUCUAUUGAUCAUCUUAACCAAGAUAGAGCCAUGGAGUUCUUACAAGGCCUUCAUGAUAGGUAUGCUGGUCUCCGUUCUAACAUUUUGCAGCGUAUUGAGUUUCCACCCUUGUUAACUAUUUAUAAUUUAGUCCGACAAGAAGAGGUUCAACAAUUUUUGGCUAAUACCAUUCCGAUUGUUGAAUCGGCUACCCUUGUUGUUGCUCGCCAUGAAGGUGAUAGCUCUUCCAAAACUAACAAAAAGAGAAGUUAUUAUUGUGAUUAUUGUCAUAAAGAUGGUCAUACUAGAGACCGUUGUUACAAACUAAAUAGUUAUCCACCAAAAUAUAAGCGCAAGGAUGGCACAACUUUGGCUACCACUUAUGUUGUUCUUGAAGGUGUGCUACCACAACAGAGUGAUGCAUCAUAA